AUGUCAACUCCCAGCACGGAAGACAAUCAAGCUACCCUAGCAAGGGAAAGAAGUACUCGUGGAGCACAUCGUGGUGUUGUCACUAAGUACAUCAACGACGCCAAUGCAAUCAUGGCAAAUCCUACUGACCAAGUAUCGAAGCAAGAUUUUGAGGCACUCAAAGUUGUUCUGAUGCACUUGGACAGGAAGCUCAUCACACUCAAUUCCAUCAACAAGACGAUUGAAGCUAUCACUCCAGAUUCUUCACUAGUACAAUUGCCUACAUUUUCUGGUAAUUAUGUGGAAUGGUCUUCGUUCUACGAUCUCUUCACAGCGUCUAUUGACAAGAAUAAUUCUCUCAGUGAUGAGCAGAAACUAAACUACCUCAAAGCAGCCCUCAAAGAUGAACCUGCCAGAAUCAUAGCUUCUUUGUCAAUCACCGACGCAAACUACGCCAUUGCUAAACAACAGCUCAUAAAACGAUACGACAACAGACGCUCAGUAAUCAAUGCUCAUAUUCAGGAGUUUCUUGCAUUUUCGGCAUUGAAAAGCGAAAAUGUCAGUGCCCUGAGGAAACUACAGUCGAAGAUUGUGGAGCACCUGUCAGCCCUUCAAUCUCAUAAAGUGGAUACUAGUGCGUACAUCUACGUAUAUCUCAUUCUAGAGAAAUUGGACCCGAAAACAAGAAGACAAUGGGAGCUUCAGAAUCCUGGUCCACAACUACAUGACUUGGAUGAUGUACUCCAGUUCAUUGAUCAACGAGCACGAUCCUUAGAAGCUUCACCUCAUGCUUCUAUACAGCCUAGCAGCCAAGCAAAGCAAUCACAGUCCAAUCAGAACAAAAACAACCAUUCCAAUAUCUACCAUUCAACUACAGACAAUUGUCUUUGCUGUAAAUCCAAGAAUCAUAAACUAUUCUCCUGUAAUUCAUUCCGAGAAAAGACGAUAGAUGAGCGUUUUCAAGUUGUCAAGACGAACAAACUAUGUGGUAACUGUCUACGUUCUGGUCAUUUUGCGAAUCAAUGCAACUCAACAAGCACAUGCAAGACAUGUCAAGGCAAGCACAACACGCUGCUACACAGGUCCGCCCAAGCGAUCAAUCAUAUUGGCACCAGGAGACCCGAGGAGACGGAUACCAUCCUACCCACUGCGCAGGUUGCAUUCAAGGAUCGUCAUGGUAAUGUACAAUAUUUUCGCGCAUUACUAGAUCAAGGUUCAACUGCUUCGGUCAUGACACGCCAUUGUGCCCAGCAGCUAGGAUUGCGUUGUCAGAAAGUAACUACUAAUCUUCAAUCCGUGGGGGAGACAGUCUCCGCACAAUCAAAUUCAGUUGUUACUGCUGAAAUGCUUCCAGGAGUAUUCUUUGACAGGAGUAUUCAUUGUCCUGCCUCGUGUGACCUGCAACCUCCCACUGGCUAA